AUGGCUGAUAAAAACGAUGAGGCAAAUUCUAAUGAUCAAACGAAGAAGAAAUCAUCGUUAGGAAGACAAUGCGCAGCGUUUGGAUGUUAUAAUUUUCAAUAUAACAAGGACGGUACGGGGACGGGCCUACAUUUUUUUUCAUUCCCUCAAAAGAAUCCAAGGAAAAAUCAUUGGUGCAAUUUGAUUAAGAGACGCGAUGGCUCUGAUGGUUUCAUGGUUACUAGAAACACUGUUUUAUGCGAAGAACACUUUACUGCUUCUGAUAUAAAGCGUAAUCCACUUCGCUGGAAGUUAGUGGCCGAUGCUGUUCCUUCACUGAAGCUGUUCGUUGAUCCCAAGACAACCACUACACGGACAACACGAAAAGCACCCAAGGAUCGCACUGCAUCUGUUUAUUCUCAACCUUCCUCUUCAACUGCUUCUGAUACCUGCUCUUUUCCUGAUUUUAAUGAAGAAGAAGAUGUUGCCUUGCCUGAUACUGUUGAAAAAGAGUCAUCUCUAUUUUCAACAUGUUCAACUCAGACCGAACUUUCUUUUGUCAAGACGCCAGUUUACUUGAAUGAUGCUUCCUCUUCCAAUCUUAUGACAGAUCAUUGUUAUGCACCUCCUUUAUCUUCAACUGACGUGAGAGAAUAUGUCACUCUCCAACAGAAAAUUGAUGAACUGUCCCUUAAAGUUUCAGAAUUGAAUGCUGAACUUUCCAUUGCAAAAAAGUCACUUUUCUCCAUUGAUAAGUUGAAAUAUGAUGAUGGAGCUGUCAAAUUUUACACUGGGUUUCCAAAUUUCUCUUCUCUGGAAUCUGUUUUUAAUUAUUUAGCACCAAAGUUGGAUAAUAUUUCUUAUUGGCGGGGGUCCAAGUCACAUGAUGUAUCUAAAGACAAGCGGGACAGGCCAGAUGAACAUGGGAAAUCUGGUCCCAAACGCAAGUUAUCUUACUUUGAAGAAUAUGUCUUGGUUUUAAUGCGUCUGAAAGUUGGUUUAUUUGUAAAUGAUCUUGCAGAUAGAUUUGGUAUCUCAAGUGGACAUGUUUCAAAGAUUUUUACUACUUGGAUCAACUUCUUGUUUCAUGAAUUGCCUUCUCUCUUUCCCUUCCCGUCUCAAGAACAAAUCCAAAAGUUAAUGCCAGAAGAAUUUAAACUGUACCCAUCCACACGAAUAAUCAUUGAUUGUACAGAAAUUUUUACAGAAGUCCCUUCAUCUAUGAAAGCUCAGUCACAAACUUGGUCCGAGUAUAAACAUCACAACACCUGGAAAGCCCUUGUUGGAAUAUCUCCUACUGGGGCAAUCACAUUUGUAUCUAAACUGUGGUCAGGCCGUGUAUCUGAUAAAGAAAUAACAAUUAAAUCUGGUCUCAUCUCUCUCCUUGAACCUGGUGACAACGUAAUGGCAGAUCGCGGUUUUGAUAUUGCUGCUAUCUUACCAGUUGGUGUCACUCUCAACAUUCCUCCGUUUAAAGGGAAUCGUGCCCAAUUAACACCAAAAGAAACUGAAGAAACUGCCAACAUAGCUGCAGUCCGUAUUCAUGUUGAAAGAGCCAUUGGAAGAAUUAAGAAUUACCAUAUUCUUGAUGGCUGUCUUCCUUUAUCCUUAACUCCUUUAGCUAAUCAAAUUUUUAAAGUUUGUUGUAUGUUAACAAAUUUCCUGCCAUUUUUAGUUAAGCCUGCCACAUUUAGUAAAUAA